GAAGGCUCCAAAAGUACCGACGCUCAAUCGAAAGAAACAGAAAUUACCGCCCUCAGGAUUUUUCUAGGGUUUCUGGACGCUCUAGCCGUCGAGUAAAUUCUUCUGCUUGUUUUUACAACGUAAAUGUGCAUAAUUUCUCAUCUCUAAUGGUUACUAGAAUCCACACUCCACACUCGACAGAAUAACCACAACAACGUACGAAAAUGACGGAGCUUCCACUAGUACACACAAAGCAUACACUACCCUACACACCUCCAUUCCUCGUAAAUUUCACUUCCGUCAGCACGAUAGAGAGAGUUAUAGAAUGGCGUGAAAUAUUUCUUGUUUACACUACUGUCUCUUACUUUCCCGCAAACUUUUUCCCUCACUUUCUCGGGAAAUUUUUUUUCAACCAAGAGUCGGGACGGUUUCCGAGGUCAAAUUAGACAGCCAAGUUUUCUUGGCAACAGCAAGGCUUCAAUCUUGUUGAUUGAGUUCUUUGAAGGAGUUGACGACUGUGGAAUUAGGGUCAAGAGAGAAUAGACAUGUAUAAGAACCAAUUACAAGAGUUAGCUCAGAGAAGCUGCUUCAACCUACCAUCAUAUUCAUGCAUCCGGGAAGGACCAGAUCAUGCCCCUCGAUUCAAAGCUACUGUCAAUUUUAAUGGAGAAACUUUUGAAAGCCCUACCUUCUGCUCUACUCUAAGACAGGCAGAACAUGCUGCUGCUGAGGUAGCUCUGAACACACUUGCAAGAAGGGGCCCUUCUAGAGCGUUGGCUGCAAGAGUUCUGGAUGAAACGGGAGUUUAUAAGAAUUUGCUUCAGGAGACUGCUCACAGAGCUGGGCUAAAACUUCCUGUUUAUAGCACUGUUCGAUCUGGACCAGGCCAUGUACCUGUUUUCUCAUGUACGGUUGAGCUUGCAGGAAUGAGCUUUACAGGUGAACCAUCUAGGACCAAGAAACAAGCUCAGAAAAAUGCUGCCAUGGCUGCUUGGUCUGCCUUAAAAAAAUUGUCUCAGAGUCACUCAUCUUCCCCCACUCCAUCACUGGAGUCUAAAGCCAAUGAAGAACAGGAGCAAGUAACCAUUGCUCGUGUUCUUGCAAGUUUACGACCAUCAGAGUCAAGUCAGUCUGCGGAAAAUUAUCACCGACAUGGUCAGCGAAGAUCCACACCCGUCUUAUGGGGAUCAACCCAGCCAACCCCAAGCUUAUACCCUGUGCAAUGCCAGAACUGGGCAUACUCUAGUUUUUCCCCGGAGAUGGCCAUGUACCAAAUCUGGCAGCAAGAACAAUUAUUACAGCAGCAAAACCACCUGUUGGCACUUACAGUUCCAGCAGUUACUCCAUCAGCUCCUCAGAUUUAUCCAUUUGUGCAAUCUAUGCUCCAGCCAGACCACUGUCUAUAUUUUCCAGGAAGGGAAGUAGAGUCAAUCCCAAUGGGACCCAAAAUCACAAUUGCUACCUCGGGCACAUCAUUCUGCUUCUCAAAUCAUUUGGUUCCUGGUUCAAUCAGGGGCCGGUCCACAGUGACUAUUCAAGAGAUACAGGAAGAGAAACCAGAAGAAUCAUCCAGGUACUCUCCAUCUAGUGUUGGCAACAAUGGUGGUACUGAACCACAAAUCCCAGAAACAGUUCGGGAGGACGACAAACAGAGCUUUAGUGGGAUAGAAAGCAAAAUUAGAAAUCUUCAGCUGGAAGGGAACCAAACAGGACAAUUUGAAUAUGCUUCUCAUAGGAGCACGGAUUCUGGAUUUAAGCCGAUUGAGUCUCAAUUACAAAACCCAUGUAUGUACUCUUCUCGGCCUAAUCUCAGACCCCAAUAUCCACCAAGAGCAAGUUUCCACAGUAUUUUUGGACCACCUUCAUCUGCAGCUGCUCCUGUGAGGAUUAGAACCAUCGGCCCCAAUUCAUCGAUGGGAUUUAGACCACAAAAUAUGUCAUCACCUGGGGCUGCUCCGCCAAGAAUGCGAACUGGGGUUCCUUCAUGUUCAACCAGACCACCUGAUAGAUUGGACCUUGGAGGAGUGCCUCCUGCCUUCAUGGCACCAGCUGUUCGAAUCAGAUCGGUUGUGCCAGUCUGCUCUGCUCCGCCAGUGAGAAAGAUGCCAAGCCCCACUGGCGAUGGAGGGUCAGAAAACAAGGAAAGAAAGAAUUAGAACUGGAAGAUUUGUCAAGAGCAGGUUGAGAGUUCGGGAAGCUUAGGAUAUGAAAGGAGUAUAGAUACUACAAGCGACUCUGUUUCUCUUGUAUUUUCAUAUGCAAAUUAUGGUGGUUUUUGAGAGGCCAUUAAUGCUUCAUCGUAAUUAGAAUAAAUGGCAGUUCUUUCAUAA